AUGUCGACCCUCGAAGAGCUCGACGACCUCGACCGUCGGGAGCGCGAGGACAAGGAUAAGAAGGACGGCAAGAAAGACGGGGGCAAAGACGACAAGAACAAGUCUGGCGAUGGCGACGAUGAGAUGAAGGAUGCGGAGCCCGAGGAGGAUGACGUCCUUGACGAGGAGAUUUUGAGCCUCAGCACACAGGACAUCCUGACCCGGAGGCGGCUGCUUGAGAACGACUCGAGGAUCAUGAGGAGCGAAUAUCAGCGGCUCUCGCACGAGAGGCAGACGAUGCAAGAAAAGAUCAAGGAUAAUCUCGAAAAGAUCGCAAACAACCGUCAACUUCCUUACCUGGUCGGAAACGUUGUCGAGCUUCUGGAUCUUGACCCAACGGCCGAGUCGUCGGAGGAGGGGGCAAACAUUGACCUGGACGCCACGCGGGUUGGCAAGUCAGCAGUCAUCAAGACGUCCACAAGACAGACGAUAUUCCUACCUUUGAUCGGUUUGGUCGACCCAGCAACCCUGAAACCGGCUGAUCUGAUCGGCGUGAACAAGGACUCGUACCUCAUUCUCGAUACGCUGCCCGCAGAGUACGACAGCAGAGUCAAGGCCAUGGAGGUGGACGAGAAGCCCACGGAAAAGUACAGUGACGUCGGUGGGUUGGACAAACAGAUCGAAGAGCUGGUCGAGGCUAUUGUCUGGCCCAUGAAGGAGGCAGAACGCUUCAAGAAGAUUGGCAUCAAGGCACCCAAAGGUGCACUGAUGUACGGCCCUCCCGGAACCGGAAAGACGCUUUUGGCUCGUGCAUGCGCGGCCCAGACGGACGCAACCUUCCUCAAGCUUGCCGGUCCCCAGCUGGUACAGAUGUUCAUAGGAGACGGCGCCAAGCUGGUUCGCGACUGCUUUGCCCUCGCCAAGGAGAAGGCGCCGUCCAUUAUCUUCAUAGACGAGCUGGAUGCUGUAGGAACAAAGCGUUUCGACAGCGAGAAGUCGGGUGACCGUGAGGUGCAGAGGACCAUGUUGGAGCUGCUCAACCAGUUGGACGGCUUCGCAUCUGACGACCGCAUCAAGGUGCUGGCGGCGACCAACCGUGUCGACGUGCUUGACCCUGCUCUGCUGCGUUCCGGACGUCUUGACCGCAAGAUUGAAUUUCCGCUCCCCAACGAAGAAGCACGGGCGCAGAUUCUCAAGAUCCACAGCCGAAAGAUGCGUUUCGACCCAGCAGUCAACUGGGGCGAGCUGGCACGGAGUACCGACGAGUUUGGUGGUGCCAUGCUGAAGGCUGUUUGCGUCGAGGCCGGCAUGAUUGCACUUCGUAUGGGCAAGAACAAGAUCGGACACGAGCAUUAUGUGGAUGCCAUCGCCGAGGUGCAGGCAAAGAAGAAGGAUACGGUCAACUUCUACGCUUGA